AUGGAUGUGAAGGGCUUGAUGACACUGGAGCCCCUCUCAAACCUCUCCUCUCUUGUCACAUUAAAACUGUUGAAUUGUGGAGAGGGUCUGACAUGUCGGGGCUUGCAGCCUCUCCUUAGCACCGGGGGCCAGCUCAAAGAAUUAAGACUCUCUUUCAGCCCUAAAUUCUUUUCUGGUUGGGAGGACGUUGAAGGAGGAGGAGAGCAGCAGACACAUUUUGUUUCAUCCACACUGCAUGAGCUCAUGACGGAUGACGCAGCAGGAUUUCUUUCUGCACCCAUCUGCAGCUUCCUCUCGUCCUCCCUUACCAAGCUGAAACUUUGUGGGGACUGGUCUGAAGGGAUAGAGCGCUUCAGCAAGGAGCAAGAGGACGCCCUUCAGCUCCUCUCCUCCCUCCAGGAACUAGAGUUUUGGCAAUUUCACAAUCUUCAGCAACUCCCAGCAGGAUUGCACAACCUUACCAGCCUCAAGGAAUUAGCGAUCCACUCUGCAACCCUCUCGUCAUUGCCCAACGAUGUCCUCCCUGAAUCACUUCAAAAGCUAGUUAUUAUAUACGGGUGCAACGAGGAGCUAAAACGGCACUGCAGGGGGUUAGAGGGAACCAUCCCAGAACUCAUAAUACACUGA